GUGAAACGGCAUCAUGUCGACAGAGCUCCUGGCGCAGGAAUUGACAUGUCCGAUCUGCCUGCAGCUCUUCUCAGAACCAGUGAUGCUGCCCUGUGCCCACAACUACUGCGCCUCCUGCAUCCAGUCUGCCAUAGAGUCGGAGAAAGGCCCACACCACUGCCCUGAAUGCCGACAAGAGUAUCAUGGGAUUAAGGACAUGCAGAAGAACCUGAAGCUGUGCAACAUCAUUGAGAGCUACAAGAUCACCACAGGGAAGGGUCAGGACAGGAAUACAGUGCAGUGUGACUACUGCUUGCCCAUCAGUAAACCGGCCUUCAAGACCUGUUUGAAAUGCGAGAUCUCCCUGUGUACCGAUCAUCUCCAGGUUCAUGGAAAGAAGAAGUCCUUCAGGAGCCAUAGACUGGUCGAGCCACUGUCAGAUCUGAGCUCCCAGAAAUGCUUGUCUCACAGCAAGGGCUUGGAGUUUUACUGCGCAACUGAUGCCACCUUUCUUUGUGCAAGCUGCUUCAUUGAAGGUGCUCACUACGGCCAUGAUAUUCAGAACUUUGAGAGUGCCGGGGCAGAGAUGCGCUGCAUUUUGAGGGCUGACUUGAAGCUCGCCAAGGAAAAGCUCCAGAUGACCUCUAUCUUGCUGCAGAAGAGCCUUGGGGAGGACAUGGCUUUCACUGAUGCCAGUGACCGUCUUACAGUAAAAGUCCUGGGCAUCCUGGACAGUAUGAUUAACCAGCUAAAUGGCUACAAGUGCCGACUGAGCAAGCAGCUGGAGGAGGAACAUGCGUGUAAGCAGGAGAGCUGGCAGGCCAACCUAAGUCAGAUGACUAAGCAGCAGAGCCUCCUGAAGGAUAUCCAGGAACAGGCUGAGUCUGUUCUGGAAGAGACGGACCAAUGCCUGUUUGUUCACCAGUUUCUGUCGAUCAAGUCCCAGCUUAAAGUAGCCUUAGAGAGUAAUGUGGAUAUUCCAGCACCUCCCACUGUGGACACAAAACAUUUAUGUGCCAUCACAAGAACAGAUGAGUUGAAGACGGAUAUGAGUAUGCUGCUGCAGGAACUGUAUACCCUGCUCACUCCAUUAGAGUUGACUUUUGACCUAAACACAGUCCACCAUAGCUUGCUCCUGUCCAAUGACCUGAGGACAGUGAAGUAUAAUGCCAACAAGCAGGUCCACCCAGAGCACCCAGAGCGAUUCCAGACUGCACCACAGGUGCUGUGCUCCCAGGGUUUCUCUGGUGGAGAACAUGUCUGGAUGGUGGAGGUAGGCCAGUGCAUGUGGUCUGUGGGUGUGUGUUAUAGUAGUAUGCCCAGACGUGGGGAUCACAGCCGCCUGGGCCACAAUACUAUCUCCUGGCGCCUCCAAUGGAAGAACAAGAAACUGACAGCCUGCCAUGCAUCGUCCAUAGUGACACUUCCUGUGACUAUUCCUCCCUCAAGGCUAGAAAUGACCCUGGACUAUAGUAGGGGCACGUUAUGCUUUCAUAGCAUCAAGGGGCGGCGGGAACACCUGCACACCUUUACAACUAUUUUUCGGGAGAUGGUGUACCCUGCUUUCGCCAUCCACUCAACUAAUUCUGAAUCCUGGAUAACCUUGCAGAGCUGAGUAUAAUUGUGCAUGUUAGUCUCUAUAAAAUGCAGAAUGAAUGCAGUUUGUCAGGCUUGAUUAGUUACAAAUUAUAAUCGAAUAUAUAACUAUUCUUCAAUGAGUAAGCAAAUAACACAACAGAGAAAUAAAUGAGGAAAUACAUCAUAGUCUAAUAUGUUUUACUUUUGAUCAUAUAUUCUUUUGAAUGUUGGGCUCAGUUGGUUAGACUGGUUAGAGAAGUAGUUUCAGCUCUCAGCUUCCAUUUUGGUUGCAUUGGUCCAUUGAGUAAAUUAUGACUUGGAACUAAUGAAAUUCACUCCUUACUUUUAUGAGAAAAGUUUUGUUUAUGGUAAUGUGAAGUUUGUUUGGAUGACACGUGACGUAUGUCAUUUGGCUUGGUAUUGUCAGGGUGAGAUUAGAAAUAUAAUAGCAUGGAUUUCCAGAUGCAUGUGGUAAAGCAAAUCUACACCUAACUGAUGCUUUCAUCCCAAAGAUUAUCAGUAAAUGGAAGAGUUACCGUUUCUUUUUAUGUUUGCACCUAUGGAUUUGGGCUCAUAACCGUUGAAUUGCUAGUGCAAUACUAUACUUGUUGAGCUACUUAAGGCUACAAAAACACUUUUACAGUCCGAAAGUUAACAACCAUAACUACAUGUAUCAUUUUGUGCUAAUGAUAAUCAGUUUUUCACACUGAAUUUCUUACGUUUUUUUGUAGUGUAUAUUAAUAAUAUUCAUGUGUACUUUUCUUAGUACUGUAUCAUUUAAAAUAUAUCCAUAUUUACUCUCACAUAUUGCACAAUUUGCAAGACAUAAGAUCUUAUGAAUUGUUUCUGACAAAUGGCAGAAUACUUAUCCUUUAAUUAGACUGAAUUAUACUCAUGUGAUGCACAUACAGUACUGUGCAAGUCUUCAGCAGUCAGAGAAAAUGUUUAAGGCUGUAUUUAAUAUUAGAACAUAUGCAAAUUAACAUAAUAAAAAUUCAAUAAUUU